AUGUUCGAAGCCUACCCGGAGUUCAGCCCGGACAAUACGCAACUUAGAUGGACUGGGGCGCAGUUUACACUAGAGGUCACGCCCAAGAAUCAAAGUCCUCGACAUAUUCAAUUCUUUUAUCCCAGAGGCGCAAAGAUGAGAGUCUUCGGCAUGCCUCCAUCGGGCCUGCUGACCGGAGACACAUCUUCUUCCACGUCUUUCGAUAGAGCAUCCAAACUGAUAAAACAAUGUGAAGACGGCCACUCGAGCUGUAACUCUGGGCGAAACGUCGCGCUUCCCAAAAGACUCCUUCAUGUAACCGAAAUCAGCAACUCCAGCGCUGAUGUUGGGAUUAAACUAGUGACGACUGAGGGCGAGACGGGAACAUAUGCCUGCCUCUCUCACUGCUGGGGCGAUCCAACGCUGAUCCAUACAAAAACACUGUCAUCAACCAUCAACGAGUAUCACAACUUUAUUCCAUGGACAAAACUGCCCAAGACAUUUCAAGAUGCCGUUCUCCUAUGCCGAAAGCUCUGCAUUGAAUAUCUAUGGAUCGAUUCCCUUUGCAUCAUUCAGGAUUCUCGCAGUGACUGGGAAGUAGAAUCUACCAAGAUGGGCAACAUAUACCGGGAUAGCUACAUCACCAUAGCCGCAUCCGCAUCCCCCGGCUCAUUUGGCGGCUGUUUCUCCAAGACGAGGCCGGAUCACUGCAUCGCCAUAAAAGAGCUAGGACAACCAGAUGUCUAUGUCGGCAUCAGAGAUUGCAACGGUGCCGGAAAGAGCAUCAAAAAUAUGGAAGCAUCCUUCUUCAAGCACUUCCCGCUCUUCAGUCGCGCAUGGGUGUACCAAGAACGAAUGCUCUCUCGACGCCUCCUCUACUGCAAUAAAUCCGAGUUCCAAGUCGGAUGCCAGGAGACGCUCCAGUGCGAAUGCGGCUCCGGCCAGAUAGCUCCCCAUUUCUCGCCCACCCCGAGAGGUUUGAAUGUUGCGAGCCUCAAGGGGCCGGCGAGUCUGAAGCCAGACGAGCAUGGCGGCGGUCUUGUCGGCCAGGACUUUACCAGUCUUUUGUACCGAAACUGGAUGGAAGUCGUGGAAACAUAUGCAAAGCUCAAUCUGACCAAGGGAUCCGACAAGCUUCCCGCGCUCUCCGCGACGGCCAGAAUCCUUGCUGAAAACAUGGGAGAUGGGUAUUUGGCGGGCAUCUGGCGCAGUACCUUGAUGGAGGGCUUACUCUGGUAUGUAAGAUCACCGCUCUCUAAGCAUCGACCAAGAGGUCAAGACUGGAGAGCGCCAUCUUGGUCAUGGGCAAGCAUUGAUUCGCCAUCCGGGCUGGGCUUCCUCGCUCCAGCAACAAGAUUCUCGAAAUCAUUCGAGGGCAAAAUCGAAGCCGCAGAAUGUGUCAUCGCCGGGCAAGAUGACUUUGGCCAAGUGACCUCUGGCUUCAUCCGUCUCAAGGCAUCUCUGGGACGCACGUUCUGGCGCAUUCGCUGUCGAGGAUGCACCACGCCAGCCGGUAGGAAAGGCAAGGCCGGCUUCCCCCGCGCAGAUUAUACUCUUUAUACGAAUGAGACGUUUCCAUUGCCAGCGGAAGGUUGGGUGCCGUGCGAGUUCACGGAGCCCCGGCUGGAUGUGAUGGGCGCAAGCCUAGGCUUCUUUGCUGAUGCUCUUAUUGACGACGCGACUCGAUACGGAUUCUUCUCGUGCAUUGGCAAAGGAUCGUGCAAGCUCGCCCCGUGCUAUUUGCUACAUGUCCAUCGUUUUGAAGGGCGAGGUGGCGGAGUGCGAAAGGCGAAAACUGGUGAAAGGGGAAUUGAUGCAGAUGCUUUUCUGGUGUUGACGAAAGUGAAGGGCCAGCCUGGCGAAGAGGGAGGAGUGGUUCAAGAGCGUCUGGCCGGCGAUCUUGACGCCGGAAAAGACGGUUACACUCAUCUAGAAGUUGACGAUUCCCUUACGCCGAUUCACGAGAUUUAA